AUGUCAGACAAGAUCAUUAGCUUAGAAUACCGUGGCCGCGUCGCCGUCAUCACAAUUGACAACCAGAGCAAGCUCAAUGCCCUCUCGCAAAAGCAGUACUUUGAGAUUGCGCAGUCGCUGCGUGACAUUGAGAAGCAUGACGAAGUCUUUGUGACCGUCGUCCUGGCCAAGGGCCGCUUCUUCUCCGCCGGCGCCGAUGUGAGCAUCAGCCGGGCCACGCCGACGGACCCCGAGGAGUCGUACGCGUACUGGCUGCAAAACUUCUCCGCCUUCAACCUCAACACGACGCUCGCGCUCGCCGAGCACCCCAAGGUGCUCGUCUUUGGCCUCAACGGACCGGCCGUCGGGCUGUCGGCCGCGCUCGUCGGCCACGCCGACUUUGUCUACUGCACGCCCAAGACGUUCCUCCUGACGCCGUUUUCCUCGCUCGGCCUCGUCGCCGAGGGCGGCGCCUCGCGCGCGCUCGCCCUCCGCCUGGGCCCCGCGCGCGCCGCCGAGGCGCUCAUCGCCAGCCGCCGCAUCACCGCCGACGCGCUCGAGCGCUGCGGCUUCGUCAACGCCGUCUUUGACGAGCCCGACUGGCAGAGCUUCCACGCCCGCGUCCUCAAGGAGGUCGACGACACCAUGGGCGACCACCUCAGCGGGGACAGCAUGAUAGGCAUCAAGAGCCUGCUCAAGGCGCCCGAGCGCGCCAUCUUGGAGUCGCAAAACUCCAAAGAGGUCAUGGCUGGCCUGCAGCGCUUCGUCAAGGGCAUCCCGCAGGAGGAGUUUCGCAAGCUUGCCUCGGGAGAGAAGCGACAUAAGCUGUAG